AUGCUAUACGAUUUAAUCAAAGAACCUUCUGGUAAAUUCCAAAUUUCUGCACAAUGUCAACAGCAGAUUUUGAAUAUCUACUCAACAAAUGAUCCGCAACCACCAGAACCAUGGUCCAGCGACAGAGACGCUUCGUCUAACGGAAACGUCUGUCUUCAGAUAAAAACGAACAUUGUCAUAGGCGAAGAAGACUGUCUCUAUUUGAACGUGUAUACCAACGAUGUAACACCUUCAAAGAAAAGUGCUGUGAUGGUAUGGAUACAUGGUGGAGGCUUUUUUGUGGGAGACGGUACCUCGUUUUAUUACGGUCCCGAUUAUAUCAUGCGGAAGGAUGUGGUACUCGUCACCCUGAAUUACAGAUUAGGUGUCCUAGGUUUUCUCAAUUUUGAUGAGGAAAUGGCGCCGGGAAAUCAGGGCUUAAAAGAUGUAGUUAUGGCGUUAAGAUGGGUUCAAAAAAAUAUAUUGCAAUUCGGUGGAGAUCCCGAUAACGUCACAAUUUUUGGUCAAAAUGCGGGUGGAGUGAUGGUUCAUUAUCUAACUAUUUCACCGUUAGCUAAAGGUUUAUUUCAUAAAGCAAUAUGUCAAAGUGGUGUCAUGACAGUUCCUUGGGCUUUCACUGAACAAGACGAUGCUAUCAAUAAUGGUCUGAUGUUAGCCCAGAAGCUUGAUAAUGCGACUUUUGAUCCGGAAGACGCCUUGAAAUUUCUGAAAGACAUAGACGGAAGAAAAUUGAUAGCAGCGAAGAAUAUUAUGUUCUUGCAGAUUGGCUUAGAUAUUUUUCUUGCAUUUACGCCGACUGUGGAUUCCAAAUCAUCGAAUCCUUUUUUACCAGAAAAUCCAUUGCAAUUAUUACGUAAUGGAAUUGAAAUGCCAAUCAUGUUCGGAUUUAAUAGCCAGGAAGGCAAUUUUUUCAUAAAUGCCAUUGUGGUCGGCCUGGUAAACUACGAGACUUUAAAGGAAAUUAAUUAUGAUUUCAAGAAAGCCAUAUAUCCUAGAGUUUUGCGUCAAUUACCACAACUUGGGAUCACGGUACCAGAAUUACGAUCAUUGUAUUUUGGUAAUAAAACAGUGUCGGAGAAAACUAUAAAGAAUCUUUCUGAUUUUAUCGGCGAUCAGCAUAUCUAUAGAGGCAUUAUACAAGCAAUUGAUACUCAAAUGAAUUCUAAUGUUAACGAGUCGACUUACUUGUACAAAUUUUCGUACAAAAGUGAAACCUCUCCUGUGAAGAAAAUAUUUUUUCAAAAACCGCUUUCAGGUACAUCUCACUUCGAGGAACUGGGCUAUUUAUUUUAUCCUCAUAUAGGAAAAACAUUCGGUGUGUUACCAUUUGCACGUGAUACGCCGGAUUAUAAAAUUAUGGAAUACUUAACGCAGAUGUGGACAAAUUUUGCUAAAACGGGAAAUCCAACACCUUCUUCAGCUAAUUUUACAUGGUCUCCAGUGAAAAAUGGAACUACGUAUGAUUAUUUAAAUAUUAAUAAAAAACCUCGAAUGACGAUUCUUAUUAAAGGAAACCAACGAUGGGAUUGGGAGAACAGACUUAAAUUAUCAAAAGAGUUAUCCUUCGCCGCAUUGUCGAACAGAGUAAAAGUAAAUGUGUUUGGAGGGACAUUAGUCGGCAUCGUCGAGGAAAGCAUCUAUGGUUCUUACAAUGCCUUCCGUGGAAUAUCAUAUGCUAAACCUCCAGUGGGUGAUCUCAGAUUUCAAGUAAGAUCCGCAAUCACCAAACCAUGGUCCAGCAACAGAGACGCUUCGUCUAACGUCUGUCUUCAGAUGGAAACGAACAUUGUCAUAGGCGAAGAAGACUGUCUCUAUUUGAACGUGUAUACCAACGAUGUAACACCUUCAAAGAAAAGUGCUGUGAUGGUAUGGAUACAUGGUGGAGGCUUUUUUGUGGGAGACGGUACCUCGUUUUAUUACGGUCCCGAUUAUAUCAUGCGGAAGGAUGUGGUACUCGUCACCCUGAAUUACAGAUUAGGUGUUCUAGGUUUUCUCAAUUUUUAUGAGGAGGCGCCGGGAAAUCAGGGCUUAAAAGAUGUAGUUAUGGCGUUAAGAUGGGUUAAAAGAAAUAUAUUGCAAUUCGGUGGAGAUCCCGAUAACGUCACAAUUUUUGGUCAAAAUGCGGGUGGAGUGAUAGUUCACUAUCUAACUAUUUCACCGUUAGCUAAAGGUUUAUUUCAUAAAGCAAUAUGUCAAAGUGUCAUGACAGUUCCUUGGGCUUUCACUGAACAAGACGAUGCUAUCAAUAACGGUCUGAUGUUAGCCCAGAAGCUUGGUAAUGCGACUGUUGAUUUGGAAGACGCCUUGAAAUUUCUGAAAGACGUAGACGGAAGAAAAUUGAUAACAGCGGAGAUUGGCUUAGAUAUUUUGCUUGCAUUUACGCCGACCGUGGAUUCCAAGUCAUCGAAUCCUUUUUUACCAGAAAAUCCAUUGCAAUUAUUACGUAAUGGAAUUGAAAUGCCAAUCAUGUUCGGAUAUAAUAGCCAGGAAGGCAAUUUUUCAUAA